AUGGAGGUUUUAGUGAUCCUUACUCGUCACCUACACUCCUCCUCUACCCAAGGACAAACUCUCCACUCAACAACCAACACCAUGUGUGGCAGCUACUACGGAAACUACUAUGGCGGCCGUGGCUAUGGAUGCUGUGGCUAUGGAGGCCUGGGCUAUGGCUAUGGAGGCAUGGGCUAUGGCUAUGGAGGCCUGAGCUGUGGCUAUGGCUGUGGCUUCCGCAGCCUGGGCUGUGGCUAUGGCUGUGGCUAUGGAUAUGGCUCCCGGUCCCUCUGUGGCUGUGGUUAUGGAUGUGGCUCUGGCUAUGGCUCUGGCUUUGGAUACUACUGAGGAGGAAGCCUUGGGAGACUGUUUCAAUACCUGUGACACAGGAUUCUACCAAUUUUGAACCCCACACAUCCUGAACUUCAUGCUUCGAUGAGUACGAUACGCCAAAAGUUCCAGAUAUCACCUUGCUGAAGAUUUGCCCUAUGGUGGUCCCUAGAUCUGACUUCCCUCUUUGUCCUUCUGUGAUUUGAACACACGAGUAGUGGAAGAGUAUGAAAUAUAUCCUGUGAAUUCUGUAUUGUCCCGGGGACUGAUGCUAUC